AUGUGUUCUGUCAUCUCUCUCUCUCUCUUGGUAGAGUUUCUUAAUAAUAUCUGUUUAAUUAAUACUUUCAACCCCAACCGCAACUAUACAUCUAAACUUAACCAUAAAACUAAAUUAUAUCUAUCUAUCUAUCUAUCUAUCUAUCUAUCUAUCUAUCUAUCUAUCUAUCUAUAUAUAUAUAUAUCUCACAAGAUUUUUGCCUCCCUCUCGCUCUCUCCUUCUGCCUCUCGCUCUCUCUCGCUCACUCACUCACUCACUCACUCACACACUCCCUCUCCCUCUCUACUUCUCUCUCCCCUUCUCACUCCCCCUAUAUCUCCUUCUCUCCCCCUCUCUCUAGCUCUCUCUCACUCAUUCACCCACUCUCUCUCUCCCUCUCUAUCUAUAUAUAUAUCCCUCCACACGGAUUCCUUUUCUAGUUCUUUUAAAAAUUCUUUCUUUCCUUACAUUGUCUUAUCAAAAUAUUUCUUUCUUUGUAAAUUUUCUUUCUUUCUUUCUUCCUAUUGCAUAAUCGUUCAUCCUAUCUAUCUAUCUAUCUAUCUAUCUAUCUAUCUAUCCGAAUCUCUCUAUAUCUAUCUAUCUAUCUAUCUAGCUAGCUAG